AUGGCCUCCAUGCACAGAUCUUUAGCCUUGCUGUGCCUACUCGCGCUCGGUCUUGUGUUUGCGUACUACAGGCUUCUCAUAACCAGCCACCAACAGCAGGACGAAAGAUUCUUCGCUGCGGAGUUCGAUGACUCACCAGAAGCAGAGGAGAUCGAAAGCGACGCCGAGGUGCGGCCGCACGAGGCGCGAACAUACGAGUUGCGGCCGUACGAGCGGCGUGGACUCAAGCGAUCGGCCGACCACCAGCCUAGCGAGUUCUUCCGCGAGCAGGUGGCCAAGCCGCUGCCGUGGGAGUGGGACCUGCGCCACCUCACCGCCCACUCCUUCCCCAUCACCGCCUCCUCUCCGUCCUCCGCCACAACCGGAGGGCGGUGGCUCCGGGAUGUGGCGAGCCUGGACGACCUCAUGGCCAAGUACGCCGUUCUCCACCAGCGCAUCCUCAGCGGCGAGCUGCCCCCGCGAUACGUGGUGUUCGUGAGCAACCCCGAGUACGGCUACGGCAACAUUGAUUGGCCCCAGUCGCUCAACGUGCAGAUAGCGCACCGAAAGGACUUCAAGGGUGCUGCGCCCAUGGUGGCCAACCUCGACCACCGCGAUCUGUUCGAACCGCCGCCCGGCGUUCAGUGGGACCUCACCGCACCGCUCCGCUCCCGAUUCACGAAGGCUCAGCAGGCCAACGCCACUAAGCGAUUCCGGGAAUUCCCCACCGUCGGCGUGUGCGAGGACCUGUACGAGUGGGAGCACGAUGUCGAGUGGGUCUACAUCGCCGGCUGGGACUACUUCGCGACGUUCCUGCUCAACAACGACUACCACGACAACGUAAACCGGGUGCUCAGGCCGUUCCACGACCAGCUUCUCUAUGUGGUGGCCAACGCGCUGCGCAUCAUCCACCCGACGCUCAGCAUCAAGUCGGCGACGGAGAGCGUGCGCGAUCGCCUCUUCGCACCCUACAGGAAUGAAGGAAUCCUGGGCAUUCAUCUGCGAACCAGCCACCCCGAGAUCCCUGUCACCCCAUCUCUCAUAGUCCAGAUGAUCCGCUGUGGGCUGACCUCGGGCUACAAGGUGUGGUACCUGGCCACGGAGGACAAGAUAUGGUACAACAGGUUCGCCGAGCUUCUUCGCCAGCACGAUACCGGGCUUGCGGUCGAUGACUUCGGUUCUCUGAGUGGAACCGAUAGGCCGGAGCCCCGCCGCCGGGUGAAGCUCCUCUUCCUCGAUCGCAACGUCACGAAGCGCAACAGCAUCGAAGGGGCGAGGAACGCGUUGAGCGAUAUGUUCCUAUUGACGGCGUGCGACGACUUCAUGAUGCUGUGGGGCACCACGUUCGGUCGCCUCGUGUCCGCCAUUGGCGGAUUCAAGGUGAACUUCCCCCGGCACUGCCCAUAUGUGACAAACGAGCCCGGAGCUGACGAACUAGGGGCGCUGUGA